AUGAUCAAAUCUUUAUCUCUAGCCAAGUCACCACCAAAUCCUAUUCCUCAACAACUUCCAUUAAUUGUCAGUCGACAAAUUGAAUAUCCUCAUAUACGCUAUCCACCAUUACAAGCUUGGCUUGAAACAUUAGGACAAAAACGUGAUGAAAAAUUAGGUAUUGUCGAUUUACAUCCAUCGAUUUGGCAAACAUCACCAAGAUUGGAUAUUCUCUAUGAAAAUAUUGAAUGGCAAAAAAAUUAUAAAAAAAUUGAUUGGGCAUAUACACCACCACAUCAUGAAUAUCCAAAUAUGAGAGCAAAACCUUGGCCACAAAAAGGAACUGGUCGAGCACGACAUAAAUCACGUUUUGGUCCUCAAUGGAAAGGUGGUUAUAAAGUCAAUGGACCAAAAGGUCCAACAUCAUUCUUUUAUGUUCUUCCAAAAGAAAAACGUAUUGAAGGUCUUUGUACAGCAUUAACUGUUAAACUACAUCAAAAUGAUGUUCAUUUUGUUGAUUCACUUGAUUUACCAACUCAUCAACCAACAUCGAUUCUCUUUGUUGAUGAUACGGAUAUUAUGCCACAUAAUAUUAUGUUUGCAUGUGCUAAAACUGAAGGAUUUACAUUGAUGCCGGUUUAUGGUUUGAAUGUUUAUAGUAUAUUAAAACAUACAACAUUAGUAUUAACAAUUCGAGCAUUAAAUAAAAUAGAAAAAAAACUUUUACAUGCAUUACAUUCAUAUGAUACACAAAAAGAUCAACCACCACCGCCCGAUGAACCUUAA